UGACUACUGCAAGGAUCGGUCGAGACAUCAUCCAGCGUGCCACCAUCUCAGAAUGUCUUCAGGAACAACUCUGAAUCUCUUGAAGUUCCCCAGUAUCCAGCCUGAUGGGUGGCGAAUCCAUAAACGUUUACAGAGGAUGCAACAGACCAGGUCAGAGCAUGAGGAAGAGAUGAAACUGCAGAGGACCAAAUUGAACGAGAAGGGUCUGCCGAAAUAUGCCACACUCAAAGGUUACCGUGGCCUGACUGAUUUCCGUGCAGACCGAGAAGUGAAGAAGAAAGAGGAAGACAUGGGUUACGAAGGUCAAGAACUUGUUAGCUUCUCAAUGUCAAGGUCAGGAAACCUACAGGAACUGUCUGGACUCGGAGAAAACAGAGAAAGACCAUUCCGUGACAUGUCUGUGCUUGGGAAGUUGUCACAGAGCAGAUGGACGUAUGACACACCAGGUGUGGUCAAUCAGCAACAGAUCCUGAACCUGCUGACCCCCGAGGAGUUGAAGGUCGUCCUACACAAGGUGGUCUCGGCACCUCGCGUGUUUGUGCUGAAGCAGUCUCAGACGCUCUUUGUAUCAGGCCUGGGCAGGAUUGACUAUUGUCAGGGCGAGCGGUCAAUAUUCCUGACGGUGCACAGCUCCCCAGACCUCCCUGUUCACGUGAAGGACACAAUCGAUGCGGACAGCUUCUAUGAAGAGAGGAUCGGGACUAAAGCUUUCGCUGUGCCAGCACCUGACAGUGAUUGGAUGGAACGCAUACCAGCUCUGAUUGGACAAGAGUUCAUUAUGACAGGAAUUGGAUGGGAUACAGCUGUUGCCGACCUGCAGCUCUCAUCUCUUGGCUGGGUGUCUGUAAUGGCCCACAGGGACAUGGAGGUGAGACUGCAAGCAUAUACCCCUGGUGGGCGUGGCUGCCACAUAAGGAUACCAGCUCUCCUCCCCAACGUCCUGGCUUUCAGAGGGAAGAGGACUAGGAAGUCAAGUCCAGCAUAUUCCACCAGGAAGCUCAAGUUCCCAGGAUAGACAUCAACUUUACGUGAACAAAAGAGUAGUGGCAGCAUUGUUUUGUAUAUAAAUAAAAAUGUCUGAGGAACAGGUCUCAAGCAAAA